AUGAUUGUGAACUCGUCGUUCUCUUCGAAGUGUUUUGUUAGGUUUUCCGCUCGUCAUAGCAAAUCGAACACAGACAUUAUUCGAGCAUUACUCGUGCUUCGAUUAUGCGGUAUCGAUCCCAUUGUGAAGAACAAUCAGAAGAUUCUCUCCAUCCUGAGAGCGACGCUUGGGCAAUCUUUGUUCAAGAAGAUUCUCAAAGGCACAUUCUUUGGUCAUUUUGUGGCUGGUGAAAGAGCACGUGAAGCGGUGGAACCCGUCGUAGCACGAUUGAAGCGAUAUGGUGUAAAAUCGAUUCUUGACUAUUCAGUUGAAUCCGAUUUGAGUAGUGAACAGGCAGUGCAAACAGCGAAAUCAUCUCAACUGGCAGCUGAAGUUGCUCCUGCAGUACGUGCUUUUCUGUUAUUGCUCUCAUUUCUGCACAGUUUUCACACUUUGUUUCUUUAUUCUUUCAACUAUUUUUGCAUGUGUUCAUGA